CCAUUUUUAUCUUUCCUUGCUUGCGCUAUGAUUGUUGCUGAUCGAAGAGAUUCGUCCAUCGAUCGGGAGAUUAAAAUAUUCCAUUAAUGUUAUAUUUUAUAAUCUCGAAAGUAACACGCUUAUAUUUAACCUAGAAGGUUAUUGAUUUUCCUUCUCCUCCAACUCUGUACAGUAGAUGCCUUUAAUAUGUUCCAUUCACAUGGUGUCAAAUACAAUGUUUGGAACAGUUUAAUGAUCAAGGGGGAUAUUUUGACGUUGUUGUGAGACCAAUGCUGCAACAAGGACAUGAAGGGGAAUUAUGCGGAUGGUUAAAAGAAAUGAGUUUAAUCAGGACUGUCUCUAGUUGUCCACAUCCAGAUUGCAAAGGCAGAAGUCUAGCUUGGAAUCAGGCAAGAAUUGUAGACAAAUACAGUUGGUCGUGCCCCAAUUGUACAAGGAAACAGUCCAUCAGAGAGAACUCGUUUUUCGUUGGAGUCAAAUGUGACCUGAAAAUGUGCCUUCAAUUGAUAUUAGGAUGGUGUCAAAUGAUACCCAGCGAGCUUACUGCCAAUUAUCUAGGCAUGUCUUACUGUGAAAAAAUAAAGAAACACGUAGUUAAGAAAGUAUAUGAGAGAUGCGAUGAAGUUUCGGAAAAUUAUGUGACCAGUCAUCCAGAGGAUUGGGUUCUAGGAGGCCAAAGUGCAAUAUUAAUUGUGGACGAAUUUCCUAAUGGCUAUAUGACUGAGAAUCCAUCUGAUAUAACUAGUGCUAAGAAACGCAACAACAACUCUCACACAAUACUUUGCAUAGCGGAAGCGAAUACAAUACCAACUAGAAUGUGGCUUCACAUGAUUGAAGCAUUCCCAGAGCCAGUGAAGAUAGAUAAAUCACAAGGUGAUGCUGAUAAAUGCAAAAUGGUCAAAGAGGCAUUAAAAGAGAUUGCAAAGCAUAGUGCUCCUGGUAGUUACAUAGUGGCAAACAGUCGAGCUCGUUGUUGUAGUUUUGAAUCAUUGCAAGAAUUGAAACAGUAUAAGGUAAUUAGCGUGGAGCAGCUCCAGAAGUUUGACCCACCAGGGAAAAACAAACUUCUUAAUAAUUUAGAAACGAUUUGGCAAACUGGCGUCGAGAUUUGUGAAGAAAUUCAAGAAACUACGCACACUCUAGGACAGCGUAUAAUAUCGAAACAUUUGUGGAGACAAAGAUUUGGUACGUCUCCUUCUACCGCAUUUCAAUACAUGCUUAAUCAUAUCGCAGAAUAUUAUCGUUUUAUUUAAACUAACUCGUUACAGUAUUCUCGCUAAUUUUAGCAUAUUUUUAUACCAUGAAAAGCAAUAUCGAAUGCUAGUGAGUAAUUUCUUUUUAAACGGUAUGAUUUCGUUAAAGUAACACUCUAAAUCGAAUUAGGACAUCGUGACUUGGAAUAUUAAUUACCAAUUCAGUUGACUCCUUGUAUAUUCUCUGAAACGCGCAAAUUGCACAAACGGCCUUGUUAGAUUUAAAAAGUAAUGUAUAUAUAUAGAUAUAUAUUGUAAAAAAUAUUUUCGUAUAAAUAAGGAUAUCACGAAUUAAUGUUUCAUUGAAACACGCACUUUGUGUCUUCCAAAUAUCAAAAAUAUUCAUAAUUUUUUAUCAUGAAUGUAUAUGAUAAUUGUUGAUAAGUUAGAGUUAGGACAUUAUGAGAGAUAAUUUGUUAAUGCACACACGAAAUAUAUUUUUCACUUUAUAUUAUCAAGUUUUUAAUGAAUCUAAAUCAGCGGACUAGUUGUUGAAAGACUGAUGGUGAUAUUGAUACGAUAUCGGACUAUUAAUAAAUCAUAAUAAACUAAAAAUUACGAAAUGAUUUCAAAUACUCAAGAAGGUAUCGCUAAAACAUCAAUUUAUGAUUGAAAUUUUGAAAAUGUUUCAUUCAAUCGCCUUCUGGAAAAUUCAAUUAAUUUAAAAUAUAUAAUACCAUAUUUAAAUUAGAAAUAAAUAUACAAGUCUGCAAGCAACAAAUUAAUUUGUAUUCUGCUAUUAACAACACUUAUUGAAAUGCUUAUUGAAAAAGUAGAAUUUUAUCCAAAGUUUUACACCAGUAUUAUUCUGAAUAAUCACCUUUAUAAUAUAAGUUAAGAGCACGUUGAUAUUUUGUUCUAAUUUUAGUCGGUUUUCCUAACUUUAAUUGACAUCAUAGACUCAGUGGCAUACUCUAGCAAUUAUAUGUCAGUUUGUGAAAAAACCGACUUUGUGAUAUGGAAUUGUUAGUUUUCUUCAAUUCACAAAUUAUAUCAGUAAAAAAGGAAUAAAGUAUCAAGGUUGUCAAAUUUUUGAGAAGUUUUUCGCGAAUAAUGUGAUAAUGACGUUACUUCGUGUGGGAGAUAAUAUAUUGCAAGUUGAGAAGAUAAGAAAAUUAUUUUAUAAGUUGAUAUAGAAUUUAAUGCACUAUAUACUGUGGUUAAGAUUUUUAUUCCUAUAUAAUUUAUAGUGUAUCGUUUUAUAAUCAAACUCGUCGAUAUUAGAAAACGAAACUUCUGCAUUGAAAAGCUGAAAAAAUAUUCAAUAUUUUUAUAAUAUUCAUCAUCUAGCAAUAUUGUUAUAAUUGUAAGGUGUUUUGUACCAAAUUAUAACACAUUCGAAGCCACAUUUAAAUACCAAAUAAAACAAUAUUAUUUCAUA